CGAGAGGCGGCGAGUGAGCGGGAGCGGCGCUGUGAGGGACGGCGGGCGGUGGCCAGCGCAGGUGGCUUGUAGAAAAGCUCCUGACAAUGUCGAGGAGAAAGCUGGAGAAUAAAAGCCUUUCUGGCUUGUUGGCCACAUCUCUGCACACACCAUUCAAGACAGAAAACUUCCAUAAUUUUUAUAUGCUUGAAUCAAAAGAGCUAGGAAGAGGAAGAUGUGCUGUGGUUAGAAAAUGUGUAGCUAAAUCCACAGGCCAAGAGUAUGCAGCUAAAUUCUUAAAGAAAAGAAGACGAGGUCAAGACUGCAGAGCAGAGAUUCUGCAUGAAAUUGCUGUCCUUGAGUUAAUGAAAUCCAAUCCUCGCAUAGUUAAUCUCCAUGAGGUCUAUGAAACAGCAAAUGAAAUCAUCUUAGUGUUGGAAUAUGCUGCUGGAGGAGAAAUAUUUGACUUGUGUGUCCCAGAUCUGGAUGACAGAAUUGGUGAAAGGGAUAUUGUAAGGCUUAUCAGGCAAAUACUUGAAGGACUUUGCUGCUUGCAUGAAAACAAUAUUGUUCAUCUUGAUUUAAAGCCUCAAAAUAUUUUGCUGAGCAGUCUCAAUCCUCUUGGUGAUGUAAAAAUUGUAGAUUUUGGGAUGUCCCGGAAGCUUGAGAAUUCCAAUGAACUGCGGCAGAUCAUGGGAACAACAGAGUAUCUCGCUCCAGAAAUCCUGAACUAUGAUCCCAUUACCACAGCUACAGACAUGUGGAACAUCGGUGUCAUCUCAUACAUGCUGUUGACACAAGAAUCUCCGUUUGUGGGAGCUGAUGUUCAAGAAACUUACCUUAAUAUAUCUCAAGUUAACGUGGAUUAUUCAGAAGAAACAUUUUCAUCAGUUUCACAGCCUGCAAAAGACUUCAUUCAAAAACUUCUCAUAAAAAAUCCAGAGGACAGGCCCACUGCAGCGGACUGUCUCUCCCAUUCGUGGUUGCAGCAAGGAGAGCUCACACUCCUGUGCAGCCCUGAAGAAACUUGCUGCUCCUUUCAGCUGCCAGGACACACCACAAAGUGCUCAGAAGAGCGGAGUGUAAAAUCCAGCUGCAGUGGUAGCUGCAGCGACAAGGAGGACAAGGAGAACAUUCCAGAGGACAGCAGUACGCUCUCCAAACGCUUCCGCUUUGAUGAUUCUUUGCAGUAUCCCCAAGACUUCGUGACAGACUUUGUGUGUUGAUGUGUGAUACAGACUUUUCAUGAAAUGCAUUCAGCAUAGUCUGUUCCAGUGGUGAAAGAAAGGUUCUGGCUUGCCAAUUCAUGCAGCAUUGGCAAACUGGAAAUGCACUUUGAUUCUUUUAUACUGGUGCCUCCUUUUCUAUCCAUUGCUGGCAGUGGAUUUAACUCCUGAGGAAUUGGAGUUGUGCCAAUAAAAUGAAUUAUUUUUUUUAAGAAGAUAUAAUUAAAUAUUUUUGCACUUUUCAAGUUCUAGUCAAAAGAUGAUGCUAGAGCAAACAAACUGAAACCUGCAAGUGAGUUUAAAUGUAGUCUUUGCCAAACAGUAGUUGAACACAUGCAUGCUUUUAGGACUACCCUUAGUAAGAAAUUGGGAAGGGAAGAAGGGAGGCUGAAUCUUGCUGGUUUAUUGGAGUUGCUUGCUACCGUUCUCACCACUUUAAAUAGAGGCUAAAUUUGGUAUGUUUUGGAACUAUGGUACAUCUGUUGGGGCCAUUUGGAAACCUGUUUUCCCUCUAGCAUCACUAGUAGUUCUACCUUAUAGAUCUGGUCUACUUGGGCAUUAUCAUGCAUAUUCUAUGUGGUUACGCUGUGUUGCAUCUCUGCAACACUUGGUAUAGAAAACAGGUGUAUUGUCAGUGCUUGUGGGUCUUGGCUUCUUACCAUAAAUUACGUUUGAAGAUGAGGUUCCUAUGCUGAUGUGAAUAUUUGAACUUGGUGGUUUGUUUUUAUCAAACUUUUGAAAUAGUAUAAUCUAUCUGUACUGAUUUUUCCUUAUGUUAAAAAAAAAAAACCCAAAACAAUCCCCCCUCAAAAACCCCACACAAACAAGCCCCAAAACACAAAGCCUAAAAGGAGUGAAACUGAGUAAACUGAAAAUAACCAUUUUUGCCAGUGAAACUGCAAUGAACAACUUUUCUCUGUGCCCCUCUAAUGUAGAAGUGCAUCUUGCUGUCAAUUAGUGUUGCCCAUAAUUACUCAGCUUCAUGCCUGCUCUGAGAAAUGGACUGCAGUGUGUUAGUAUUUAAAGACAAACUACCUAAUAAUGUUUUAAGCCUUUAAAAUUGGUUUGGUUAGUGGUAUUUUUUUAAAGUUCUGUGCCUUCCACUUCCACUUGUUUCUGGCUCUAAGGUAAUAAUGCCUGUGUCAAGUUUUGUCUUAGAGCAAAUGCCAGUUGUGCCUUAACAGCCUGAAACUAAUAUUCAUAAAAUAAGCCCCUUAAUCAUAUCAGACGCUGGGAGCCUUUUGGGCAGUGAAUUUAUUAAAACUCACGUAGAUAUUUUGAAAGCAAAUGCCACUUUGAAAUAUUUUGGGAUUUUCCACUUUUCAAAGCUUAAAUUUAAUUGUCUUUAAAUUGGAUUUGUUUUCUGUAAUAAAAUACCACAAUCUGAUAAUCCUUUUCAAGUGUGCCUGUGGAUUUUUCAGUAGUCAGGCAGAUUGGCAUUUUGGAAUAUGAUUGAGAGGUGAACCUGAUAGGUGGUAAAAGGUUAUGUUUUAUCUUUCUUCACACAAGGAAAGAGCAGGUUUUUCCCAAACAGAUUCCAAUAUAAGGUGUCACCGUUACACAUGGGGUGAUUCAGGAUUGAUAUCUUGGUUUGGGGGAAUGCUUAUGUGGACAAGUGGAAAGCAGAGGUGUAAGGCAUGUAAAACUUUUCAGCUUGUGUUUGUCAGUAGGAAUAGUUCUCCAAGCCUUAAUUUCAUGUGAAAUGAAGUAAUGGGUUUGUUCAGCAGAGACAAAGCCCUGAUAGCUGGGUGUGAGGGAACCACACAGUCUCCCCUGUGUAUGAAUUCUCAUGGAGCUUUUUUCAGUGGUACUGAUUGUAUAUAUAAUUACAGAAUUACUUUGCAGGAGGAGGCAGCUGUUGGAUUGUGCUCAGGUACUUUACACCCUUACUUUUCAAAGUCCCUGGCUUUUCCCAGCUGAGUCUUACCUGACCUUUUGAUUUUUUUCCACCAUCAUGGAUUCCAGUUUGAACUGGGUAAGUUAAAACCACAGAUUUUUUUGAUAUAUAUGUAGAAGUUAAAGUUUACUUGAGAUAAAGAAGAAAAUGCCAAAAAGCUGUGUAGAUAAAGGUAAAGAAGAAUGUUUUAAAAAAUUGUUAUAAUUUAAAAUUCUUCAAAAUAUUCCUGAAUUGAAAUUACAAUUAUUUUUUAGCAUCUGGAAAAUAAAACUGAUAGCUUAUUCCAGCACUUUAUGACAAAGCUGUUAUUCCUUAUGAUUUUUAUCACGGUAUCUGAUGUUUACAUUUCUUACUACUAUAGAGGUAACUUAUCUUUAAAUAAUUGAAAAAUUGUUUUAUCCAAAGAAUUAAAGUUUUGAAGACUUUAUUUGUAUUUUUUAUAUACUUAAAAUCUACUUUGAAUCAGACUUUGUUUGGAUAAGUGCAUUUGAUUUAUUUUAAAAUAUUGUUAUGCAGAUUAACUCAAAUUGAAUGCAAAUGCAUACAUUGUAGGCAACUGUUAGUCUGUUUUGUGUCCUGCCAUAUUACUGGGACUUUCCAAGUGUGAAUGAAUGCUGAGUAACAUUUUCAGAAGACUGAAGUCAUA